ACGGACAAUUACGAGUGGCUCGGCGUCUAGUCUACCAGAGGCUGUUUGGUGAAACGCUGAGGAAGAAAGCGGGGGGUCAGCGCUGUUGUAGGUACCUGCGGGUAUCUUUUCUACGACUAGGCCCCCGUAUCUCAAGUGGUUAUUAGGGAAAGAAAGCCAGGCGUUUAGUUGCACGGUCAAAGUGUUUUUAUGCCAUUCAGCAAAUCGUACGCAGCGGGCAAAAGAUUUUGUCGAACGACAAGUGAAUGUUCGAGACUCCUGGUCUGCUAGCACAGCGACAUAAAUUGUAUUAAAAUACGAGUAGACUUCGUCUUGCAGAAGAAACGCUAAAGGAGCGAGAUUUCAUAUUUGUUUUUUUCAUUGCUGACUGCUGUUUUAUUUGUGGAAAGACAACAUUCUUGUGAGGUAACUUUCGUUAUCAUAGGAAGCAAGAAGUAGACAGGCGCAUAGGGGUCAGUUGAGCGAUACGGGCGCUGAUGAGCGCAACUGAGUGCGGCCAGUCGUGCAAAAUAUUGACGAGCGCAAUCAAGUCUGGUUGUGCUCAUCGUAACUUACUGCUUCCCCUGUUGCAUCGCCAGUAAGUAUCAUUCAGUUAAAGUAUUGGACGCAGAACGGCGAAUGCAAAGUGAAAAAAGCAAGAAAAGACUGAGAUAUCAGCGCAACAGAUAAACAAAAAAGAAAAAAUCGAUCGUGACAGUCGUACACAGAGGUAAGGGAAGACACAGACCCAUCUGAAGAAAUUAGGAGGCAGCCAUAAUGAUUAUCGGAUCGCCGUUUGUCUAUUGGGCGCAGGACUAUUCGCGGGUUACACUUCGAAUCGAUCUAAAGGAUGCACGAAAACCUGAUGUACAGCCGACGAAAAAUUCGCUUGAAUUUUCAGCAAAAGGCGUCGGCGCUCGUGGAGAAAAUCGCUAUGGAUUUAAAAUAGACCUUUAUGAUGAUAUCAAGCCGGAGAGAACCGAAUGUCGAGUCACGGACAGACAGGUUGAAGUGGUUCUCUACAAACGGGAUCGAAGUGGCGACGAAGACGAGUGGUGGCCUCGGCUAUGUUAUUCACGUGAUCGUCUUCCCUGGUUAAAAGUGGAUUUCGACCGUUUUGCUGUCUCCGAUUCCGAGCCAGAUGAUGAUCCUGCCAAUGAUAAACACGUCGACCAAAUCUAUGAAGAGCUUUUGGGUAAAGACGAGCGUCGCUUGCGCAAACGCGCCCAGGAUCUGCGUAAGGUUUAUCUAUUCCUGUACAAUCUCUUCCAGUUCUGUGCGUUUCUUACAAUCGGCACUAUACUGUUCAUCAGAUAUCUCAGACAUCCCGAAGAGGUAUUUCAGGAGUCAUUUAGAACUGUUGGAGGUCCAAUGAAAUUCGCUCUGUUACUUCAAACGUUUGAAAUUAUUCAUCCACUUUUGGGUUUCGUACCGCGUGGAGGUUUUCUGCCCGCCUUGAUUCUGAUCUCCGGUCGUUUGUUCAUGUUUUUCGCGAUGAUCUCAGCUGAGCCCCGUAUGCAUAGCAAACCAGCUGUAACAUACCUCUUUGCUGUUUACACAGCGAUAGAGUUAGUCCGGUAUCCUUACUACAUGCUUAAGGUGUACAAUAUGAGCAUUGGAUUACUGACUUGGCUUCGGUACACUCUGUGGGUCGUACUGCUGCCGAUCGGUUUCGUCUGUGAAGGUGUCAUUAUUUUACGGAACAUUCCAUACUUCGAGGAAACAAAUCGCUUCUCCGUUCACCUACCCAAUGCCUACAACUGGAGCUUCCAUUUGCCUACCCUAAUGCGGCUGUAUCUGCUGGUUGGGAUCUUUCCCCUGCUUGCCUUCAUGAUGAGUCACAUGUACACCCAGCGAAAGAAAGCCUUAUACACCCACAGCAAAAGGAAGCGAGAUUAAGUUGUAGAUGAGACCUAAUCAUGAUAAAGAAGAUAGUGGGUAACAUUCUUAAUUUCUGAACAAAUCGUAUUAGUAUGUGACGGAAGUAAUCUUCUGCGCGCUGACAAAGUUGUGGUAAAGAAAGCAUUGCAAUUUUGCCCAAAAGAAUUAAAAACAAAAUGUCUGAUGCAGCGGCGUAUAAUGGGUGGAUAGCUGAGCUGUAACACCGAACAAGCGGUAGAGAUCUCUUCAAUAAACAUAGCCGCGAUAAUAUAAUGGUAUACGAAUUCGAUGUUAGCGGUAACGGCAAAAAUAACGACUGCGAGUCUAAGAUCAUCGAAUCUUACACUGAGUUGACCCUGCCUUAGAACUCGAUUUCUAAGAGCAAAAUGUCUUAGUGAUAACUGCUAAUGGAAGUAGAUGGGGUCGGCUCUGUAGGAUAUUGGUAUAAGUGUUAUCCUUUUUAUCGAAUGAAAGAGCUAAUUGAGGAAUUGGUUAACGUAAAGGACUGCCAAAUCUGUCCACCUAUGAUAGGUACUCGAGGACCAAUCCAACAGGAAAUCCGUGAUUGUUGUCGAAAUAAAAAGAAGUUAGCGUCAUUGAGCUCAUCGAGUACGCAGUACUAAAUUCACAGGUUCAUCUAUGCAAACCAGUGUGCCAAUCAACACUGUCACAACAGAUAUGGAUUUGGCUAUCUCCCUUCUGGAAUCCCUUGAAUUCAUAUUUUGUGUGCAAUCCCCUUCAAGUUAGCAAACUAUUUUAAUACUUUUAAAAAAAAGGAUAGAGAGGGGACGGAAAGGAAAAAUAAAGAAACUCCGAUAUAUUAAGAAUAAUGCGUCUGUCACUAUCAACUCUGUUACCCAUUGCCUAUACCUGCAAUCAAGGAUAACAAUUCUAAGAAUUCUGGAGAACAACGUUUUUUGUACCACAAUCCCAUAACACACACAUACACAACCCACUCGUCGGUGACUAUUAUCCUCGUAUUAUCUGACUAUCAUUAUAAGCUUUAAGGUAUCGAAGAUAAAUGCGUCUAUGCCCACAGCAAAAACGUUGAGGCAUCCAAUGCAAGUACUACGUGUCACUUAAGUUCGUUGACGACGGUUUAUGCCUUCAGGUCAUUUUUAGCAACGUUUUCAUAAGCAAACGGACUGGCAACCAAUUCAGAAACAUUAUAUUUUCCCAAAAUAAAAACAAAAGCUUCUUUAAUAGCAACACUUAUAAUGAUUAGGUUUUCGAGGUUAGGCGACGUCACUUCGUCUCACCUUUAAGUGCGUCUUAAUUAAGUACUCGAACACAAGUAUCACUACGAUUAAUAAAACUUUCCAGUUUUAAUGGUAAACUCAAGGAAAUUGAUGCUUAGAACUGCUACUUAAAGUUCAUUAAAUAACGCAACACGCAUAUAGAUUUAAGAAAACGAUUUUAGUAAACCUAGGCCAUUGAUCUAGAAUACUCAAGAAGUAAGAAUUUAAUAGGCAAACAUUAUAAUCACGGUUACUGGAAUUUAAGUACAACGCACAGACGGAGAACUAAAAACCUAACAAUAACGAACAGGAUAAGUUGGCGGACAACUUUGUAAUAAAACGCCCUCCCGAAAUCAGA